AAGAUCAAGGGCGCCUGCAAGAUCGUGCGCGAUGCCGGAUUCCGCCUCAUCUGGAUCGACUCCUGCUGCAUCGACAAGUCAAGCAGCGCGGAGCUCGCCGAGGCGAUCAACUCGAUGUUCAAGUGGUACAAGCUCUCGAAGGUCUGCUACGUCUUCCUUGAGGACGUCCCCGGCCGCUGCGAAAACGCCAAAGAUCAGGCGGCGCGUUUCCGGAAGAGCAGAUGGCACACUCGCAGCUGGACGUUGCAGGAGCUUGUCGCGCCCACGCGCGUGCAGUUCUACGCUCGGUGCUGGUGCUUCCUCGGCACGAAGGAGGGGCUCGCCAAGACGCUGGAGAAAGCCACGGGCAUCCACACCGACAUCCUCACCGGUCGGGCUGCUGUGGAGUCAACCAGUGUCGCACAGCGGCUGUCGUGGGCUGCGAAGCGACGCGCGACGCGGGUUGAGGACGAGGCGUACUCGCUCAUGGGCCUGUUCGGCGUCUACAUGACUCUGAUCUACGGCGAGGGCAAGAACGCGUUCCUCCGUCUCCAGGAGGAGAUCGCGAAGGCGAAUCCCGAUCAAACCCAGCUCGCGUGG